AUCCACCUUACCUACUACAUUCUGCCAGGAUGCCCCAAAUAUAUACCUCUAGGAUCGCUAGGAUCUAAGGUAUGUAUGUAUUAGAAGAUUUCUAGAGCCCCGACCUUGCACAAAAUCGGACUCGGCUGGUCGGACGGUCGACCGAUAAAUGCAUAGUCCUUACCGACAUCUUCCCCUUUAACCCUUGGCGUUGUCACCAACUAGAACCAAUCGAAUGUUUUACUGGUAAAAGCGUGACAUCGCUUUUACAGUAAUUAGUCAACCCGACCAUGGCCGGGAUUCGGUUCGAUAAACCUACACUCGUCCCUUCUUCCCAUCUCUUCUCUUUCUGUAGUGUCUUAUCCCACUGAUGAGAUGAUCGAGAGAUCCCGCAAGAACUCCAAGCGGUUAUCACCUAACGCGGCGCGACAUCAAGCUAGUCAUAUAUCAGGUAACUAGAGUCGCAAACUAACACCCCGGCAUUGGACACGCAACGACAAGCCGACUUGGUUACAGUGCAGAUCAGUCUAGUUAGGGUCCCAUCUUCCCCUCAGGGCCCAAGAACUCCAAGAAAUCUAAGAGAAGCCAAGCACAAGUAAGCAUUUUCCCACUUAGCUAGUUUGAGAGCUUUGAGACUUAUAGUCAAGGGCUAUCCAUCCGCAAACCCCUAGCGUAUCUCAUGUUUAUAUGAAUAUCAAUUAUAAAUUGUUUAUUUAAAAAAGACAAGACGUUAACGUAAACCCCAGUAAACAGCGAUGGUGUCCAGCGCAGCAUCAACUGCUUCUGGAACGCACACAGAUGGAGGACUCGAUGAUGAGUCUGGAGAAGCGCAGCUGCAAUUGCAGCGCAAGAUAAGCCAGGCGGUAGACGAAGGACAUGACGCAGAUAUCCCGUCGAGCCAGGGUUUUGUGCUCGACGAGCAAGAGGAGCUUAGGCGACAACGAUCGAAAGCCGAGCGGAGGCGAAACUCCUUCGCUAGUAAGAAGAGUCGGGCAGACCGCGAUGUCGAGAAAGCGCAAGCGCCUGGAGAAACGGCAUCAAGCAGCAACGAUGGCGAAGAUAGCGAUAGUGAUCCUAACAUUGUCUGGUGGACCGGACCCGACGACGUAGAGAAUCCUUAUAAUUGGCCGACGUGGAGGAAGGUUGUCAACUGCGGACUAAUCAGUGCCAUGACUUUCGUUUCUCCCUUAGCAUCAUCCAUAUUCGCACCCGGCGUUCCUCAGGUGGUAGCCGAGUUUCAUUCGACGUCCUUAGAAAUCGCCGCGUUCGUGGUCUCGGUGUACGUGUUGGGCUUCGCAGCGGGUCCUAUGUUGUUUGCGCCGUUGUCCGAGAUAUAUGGUCGAGUAAUCCUUUACCACAUCGGAAACCUAGGAUUCAUCGCCUUCCAGGUCGGAUGUGCGCUUUCUCCAACGUUAAACGCUCUCAUCAUCUUCCGAUUUUUUGCUGGCGUCUUCGGUUCCGUCGCGAUUACGAAUGGCGGCGGCACCAUUGCUGAUAUGAUCACGCAAGAGAAGCGAGGGGCCGCAAUGGCUGUUUUCAGUAUCGGUCCGCUUCUAGGCCCUAUCGUCGGACCCGUUGCUGGAGGUUUUCUAUCGGAUGCUGAGGGUUGGAGGUGGUCGUUCUGGCUUUUGGCCAUUAUUGGUGGGUUUCUUGCUAUUCUUAUGCUCUUCUCCGUUAAGGAGAGUUACGCCCCCGUAAUUCUUCAGAAGAAGACGAUCAAGUUGCGUAAGGAGACCGGAAAUGAGUUACUUCGAUCGAAACUCGAUGCCGGUUUGUCGCCUAGGGACUACUUUAAGCGAGGUAUCAUUCGCCCCUUCAAGAUGCUGUUCCUUUCUCCAGUCAUCGCCAUCACGUCGCUUUACAUGGCCGUGACAUACGGCUAUCUCUAUCUAAUGUUUACAACUAUGACCGAGGUGUUCCAGGGAUACUACGGCUUCUCAACAAGCACUGUUGGAUUGGCGUUUAUUGGACUUGGAGUGGGCAGUCUGAUUGGUAUCUUUCUUUUCAGCGCUACAUCGGAUAGAUACAUCCGGAAGAAAGCUGCGGAAGCCGAUGCGAUAGCCCAAGCUACUGGCGAACCUAAAGCUGGCAUGAAGCCAGAAUAUCGCUUACCGUUGCUCCCUGUGGGAGCCCUUCUAAUUCCCGCAGGUUUAUUUAUCUACGGGUGGACAGCUGAAUAUAGGGUCCAUUGGAUUGUCCCUAUCAUCGGAACAGCUAUUGUCGGUAUCGGAAACAUAAUCGUCUUUAUGGUUGUUCAAUUAUAUCUGGUCGACGCCUUCACCAUUUACGCCGCCUCCGCUAUAGCGUGCAAUACGAUCGUUCGAUCUUUAGCUGGUGCCGUACUCCCACUGGCUGGACUACCGAUGUACGACAAACUGGGUAUCGGGUGGGGUAACAGUACACUAGGAUUCAUCGCCGUCGCACUAUUCCCCGUGUCAUUAGGCAUCAUCAAGUAUGGGGAGCGCCUCAGGAACAGGUUCGUUAUAAAGAAUCUCUAGUGGGUGCAUCAAUUCUGCGGACUUCUUUUCGAAACCUCUACUCAGGGAUAUAUAUUAGGCUGCAUUGGAGAGGGCUUAGACACGAGGAAAAGGAUACCAUCUAUUAUUUUAAUACGUAAAGCGGAAUCACCAUAGCUACGUGAUAGAAAUUUUACCAUCUAAAUAUGCUAUUAUGCAACAUAUAAAAUUUUUAGUGUAAUUAAUUAAAUUCCCAGUCGCCAUCACACCAAACUAGAUAUAGGUAAUAGAUGCUUAUAUAAACAACAUUAGGAAAAUAAUGAAUAUACUCUAUCUAAUUA